AUGCCUGCUAUUAUACAGGAUGUGUUGUCUUUAGUGGCACCAUCUUCAGUCUAUACUGUACUGCAGAGGUUCACAAUGCCAACAGCUGCAGGUCCAAAGGCUGUUAUAGCUUUGACUUUCGAGUCCAGCAAGAUCUUGCAAUCACUUUAUACUCUCAUGUUGAAGAUGAUUGUAAUCCAGAUCUGGUAUCUGAUUGUUCUCAUUGGAAUUUCCCUCUCCGCAAGUCCGAAGAAACAACGAUCGCACAAUAUCAGCAUUGCGAAUGUCAUCAUCUGGAACGCGCAGGCAGCACCGCUCGACAUUGUCAAACUGAUGUUUGGCUAUAUUGCACACAUCUCCUUAUACGCUCUGACGUGGACUGUCCUAGCAGCCUUUGCGUGGGCUGCUUCUAUUGCUCUUUCACUCUUGGUUUCCCCGGAUCUGAUCAUUGGGAUGGCGGCACCAGUCGCCGCUGAUGCCAUCUAUGUCCCAGAAUACUCUCCGUACAAGAACACAAGCUCCUACUCUCUUAGAGUUGAGCAAAUUUCGACACCGGCAAAUCUUCGUGCGAUCGGACUCGCAGAUAACUUGACAACAAGUGCUAACGUGAGCGUCGGCACUCCUACCACAUCAGUCGAUGGCUACGGAGAAACUAUAUACCAACUCGACUACAGCUAUCAACUCUCAGACGUUGAUUUUGGGCUACAGCAUGCUAGUGGCCUCCUUUUGGCUGUGAACGGAUCCUGCAUCACUGAUUACACCUGGUUCGCUGCGAAAGUUGACAAUCCGUUCAUCGUCACCGAUGUCUAUGUGCUGUUUGGAAAUGAUAGCAACACUGGAAAUGCUUCGACAGCAGAUGGUGGACCGCCAUUAGCUACCUUCUACCUCGACCCGGCUGGCCCACAAGCGCCAAUUGGCAGCAACAUCAGUUAUGCCAUCAUCAUUUCCUCCCUCGGGCGAAAAAGCUUUACUCCUAGCUCAGAUCCAUGGUACCAGACAGCACAACUACCUGACGACCCAGCUGGGGCAGGAUAUAUAGUAUCGCGGGGCAAACCGGUACUCAGCUGCUGGCAGACCGACAUCUGGUCCUACGGAAAUGAAAGCAGAUCAAUCAACGACCUCGAACAACUGGGAGUCCUGCCUCACUCUUUAGUUCUCAUCUUCCAACAUUUCCUUAGCGUCCCGCGCAUAUUCAACCUCGCGCAAUCUCUCGGAACAACAGCCUUGAAAUCAGCAACCGGAUCUCAAGGCUACUACUUCGACGCACAAACAUCAAACAUCCACGACGACCUCCAACGUCUUGUCCUGGGUGCCUACGAGGCUACCAAGAAUACGUUACAGGAGACGACGAAAUUCAGCAGACAGUACACCGAUAUCUCAAACCUCGUCCUUGACGAUAAUGGCAACGUGCUCCCCGGCACAGACGAAUUCGUGAUCUACACCGGAGAAGCGGCUGCCCUCUCGAUCCCAAUGUUGAUAGCAGUCCCAAUCAUCGCCGUCCUGCUUCUUGCGCUCAAUUUCUUGCUCACUACCAGCCUUCCGUGCUACGCGCUACCGUGGGGAUAUGUGGACGCGCUGAGAGCAGCUGUUAUCUAUAGCGCUUUGGACAACGAUCCUAAUAAUGAUCUCUGGGAUCGCUCUACGCCGGCUCCGAUAUAUAAGGUGGAUCCGAGCAAGAAGGGUAUCGUGCAUGAAGCGCAUGUGAGGCCGGGGUAUAAUCCUGAUAAGAGGACUUUGAGUUGGCUUGGCUCGGGACAUGGAACGCCUGCAAUGAGUCCAGUGUUCGAGAAGAAGGCUGGUGAUGCCUCGAUCGUGCCUCCAGCUGCUUCUCCUAGUAGCCAAAAACAAGAUUAA